AUGAUUGCCCGGCCAAUGUCGCACGCCCUCCGGGCGCGCUGCCUCCUCCGCACGCCACAGACCACCAAGGCCUUCUCAACCCAGCCCAUCCUGCGUGCUGCGGAUCACGGCGACCACUAUGACCCCCCCGACCGGCUGGCUGUUCGGCGUCAAGCCCGUUUCUUGGUUGCUGGUGUCGCAUAUGUCUUCAAGCCCGAUACUUCUAUACAAACAUGGGCUCUUGAAGAGGCUCGACGGAGACUGGAGGCCGAGGGUAUCCUUGAGGAUCCCGCCAAGGUCAAGAAAUAA